AUGAACUGCCAACGGACACUAUUCCGAGCGCUAAGGGCCGCGCCCGUUAGGCGACAUGUUCGGGCUUUCACAAACUUCCCCGUUGGCGGACCAGUGAGCGCGCCACCGACCGGAAGCAUCCCUCUGCCAUACAUCACCGAGGUCUCGUCCAAUGGAUGGAGGUCAUACGACAUCUUCUCAAAGCUGCUUCAGGAACGAAUCGUUUGCCUCAAUGGCGCGAUCGACGAUACCGUUUCCGCAUCGAUAGUUGCCCAGCUGCUGUGGCUCGAGUCCGACAGUCCCGACAAAGCGAUCACGAUGUACAUUAACUCUCCGGGAGGUUCAGUUUCGUCAGGACUCGCAAUCUACGAUACAAUGUCAUACAUUAAGUCACCAGUCUCGACAGUUUGCCUUGGCGCGGCGUCUUCGAUGGCGGCGCUGCUCCUCACGGGAGGCGAAGCUGGCAAGAGAUACGCCCUGCCGCACAGCUCCGUCAUGAUCCAUCAGCCUCUUGGUGGCACGCAGGGCCAGGCGUCAGAUAUUCUGAUUUACGCGAAUCAAAUACAGCGCAUCCGCAAGCAGAUCAACGAGAUCAUGAAGCGUCACAUCAACAAGUCCUUCGGACACGAAAAGUACAACCUGGAGGAGGUCAACGAUAUGAUGGAGCGCGACAAGUACCUGACGGCGGAAGAGGCCAAGGAGAUUGGAGUUAUUGAUGAGAUCUUGACGCGGAGAGAGGACAAGGACGCAAAGGAGAAGGAUUCAUCAGAGGAGCAGAAGACCAAGCCAUAG